ACUGACGCCUGCCGUAAUUCACAGUGCUGGACGUGAUGCUGUAAAAUUUGAUUGGCGGUGUCGUGCUGCAGCCAUGGAGAUGACCGAAAACUACAGUUAGUGCCGUUACAGGGAGCAGAGGCUGUGAAAAGAGUAACGCAGCAGGCUUUGUGCCAAGCUAUGAGGUCCGUCAGUUAUGUGGAGAGGGUGGCGUUGGACUUCACUGGAAAUUUGUUCACACAGGCCAUCUGCCUGGGUGACACAGACAACGACGGGUUGAAUGAACUUGUGGUUGGGGAUACCAACGGAAAACUAUAUGUAUACAAGAACGAUGACUGCAAGCCAUGGAUUACCAGAUCUUGCAUUGGAAUGGUAACUUGUGUUGGUGUAGGAGAUAUCUGCAAUAAAGGAAAGAAUUUUGUUGUUGCUGUGGGUGCUGAGGGUUGGUUCCAUAUCUUUGAUCUGAGCGGCAUAUCAACCAAGUCAGACACUUCUAGUCACCAUGACUGCCUAUUUAGUGAUGAACAGAAAGCGUUUUACACACAGCAUAUCCCUGCUAACACCAAGGUGAUGCUCAUUAGUGAUAUUGAUGGAGAUGGAAAGUGUGAAAUGGUGGUAGGUUAUACUGACCGUGUAGUGAGAGCAUUUCGUUGGGAAGACUCCUCGAUUGAUAGCUCUGGACAGCUGAUACUACUGAAAAAAUGGCUUCUGGAAGGACAGGUAGACAGCCUUACUGUGAAUCCAGGGUCAGAUGGGUCCCCAGAGCUGAUGGUUUCACAGCCAGGCUGUGCAUAUGCUGUUCUACUUUGCACCUGGAAAUUGGAUCAAGAGAAGGCACCAAAAAGAAAUCCAUCUGGAGCAUCCAACAGUGAGGGCCUCAUUCGAGAUGUAAUUCUACACCAGACUUCAGGCCGGAUUCAUAAUAAGAAUGUUUCCACUCAUUUAAUUGGCAGCAUAAACCGAGGCUGCUGUGAUGAUGCAUCCAAGUCUGGCUUGUUUGCACUGUGCACAUUGGAUGGAACCCUGAAACUGAUGGAUGGGUCAGAUAAACUCCUAUGGUCUGUUCAAGUGGAUCACCAACUCUUUGCCUUGGAAAAGUUAGAUGUAACAGGUGAUGGACGAGAAGAAGUGGUGGCCUGUGCUUGGGAUGGUCAAACCUAUAUCAUCGACCAGAAUAGAUCUGUUGUUCGCUUUCAGUUUGAUGAGAACGUCAGUGCAUUUUGUGCUGGCAUGUACGCGUGCAAAGAUGGUCGGAAUAGCCCUUGUUUGGUGUAUGUCAGCUUCAACCACAAAAUCUAUGUGUACUGGAAGGUGGAAUUGGAGAGAAUGGAAUCUACCAACAUUUUGAAGGUGCUGGAGACAGAUGAGUUCAGGAACCUACUGCAAGCAACAUCUGUUGGUUCGACUUUUCCAAAGCUCUUCUCCAUGGUCCUGUUGAAGAGAGAGCUUAUCAAUUGUGAAACACCAUAUUGUUGGAUGAUUUGUGGCACUAGCUAUUAACUUUGCCAAAAUGUUAUUGUAUACUUAACAUUUUCAUGUUUUAUAAAAUUGUUACAUUUACACAUUAAUAACUUAUUGGCCUCAUAAAUAUUUAAAUCUCAUAAUUAAUUGCAAAGUACUAAUUUUAACAAUGUAAUAAUUGUUAAUAAUUGUGCACCACUCUGACUAAAAAAAAGAGCAAUUAAGACUGUUCCCUCAAGUAGUGAAUUGGAGAUUUCAAAAAUAUAAAUUUAAUUUUUUUUAAAAUUACCUAUCCUUUUUGACUAUCUCCUUUUCUCAGCAGUACUUUGGUAUACAUCUGAUUUGAUAUUAAAUUUAAUCAUUCUGAUCCACCCUGCUUCUCAAUCAUUCCUACUUUUGUUCUUCAUCCUUGUAUAUCAUUGGUUAAUGAGUACCCUGUACAUUCAGUCAUUUACCAGGAUCCGAGUUGUUCAUGCUUUGCAUCCUUUCACCAAUGACUUAAAUAGUGUAGGAAAAUGUUUAAUUUUUUUUUAUUCGGGUGCAGAAUGUAGGGAUAUGGUCAUUGCUGUCUAGGUUAGAAAUUCUUCUUCUUCCCUAACUGAUGUUGAAGUUACUUGCUUGGUUUUAAAAGACUUUAAGUAUUAAAGCAAAAAUAAAAAUUGAAUCCCAAGAGU